CAUCCCAUUGAUCCCAACAUUGAAUCAAAAAUUCCUCUGUUCAACUGUUACUUUCUUAAUAAUUCCGAAUGUUCAGGAAAGCAGAGAGCUUUUGUCGUAUCUUCUUACAGAAAUCACAACAAUUGCAGAGACAGAGAAAAGAAAUGUUGGGUUUGAUCCCAAUUUCAUCACCAGACAGUCUAAAGAAAGUACUUGAAACACUGUCCGGAAAAUGGGGAGAUGUAGUUGAAGAUCUUGAGUGUCUUCAAGUGAAACCCAUGAAAGGUGCAAUGACUAACGAAGUUUUUAUGGUGACGUGGCCAACAAAGGAUAAUGAUUUUCAUCAUAGGAAGCUUCUUGUUCGUGUUUAUGGAGAAGGAGUUGGUGAUCUGUUGUUCAAUAGGAAAGAUGAGAUUCGUACGUUCGAGGUUGUCUCUCGUUAUGGUUACGGUCCUAAGCUUCUUGGCCGGUUUGCUGGCGGUAGAAUCGAGGAGUUUAUUAAUGCCCGGACUUUAUCGGCGGUGGAUCUACGUGACACGGAAGUAUCUGCUCGUGUUGCGGCUAAGCUAAGAGAGUUUCAUGGUAUAAACAUCCCUGGUGAUAGAAAUGUGCUCAUUUGGGAUAGGAUGAGGAAUUGGCUUAGACAAGCCAAGAGUCUGUGUACACCUGAAGAUUUAGAAGAGUUUGGUCUAGACAAGAUUGAAGCUGAGAUAAACUUGCUGGAACAUGAGCUGCACAAUGAGAAUCAUCAGCAAGAGAUUGGGUUUUGUCACAAUGAUUUGCAGUAUGGCAACAUUAUGAUUGAUGAAGACACCAAUGCUAUUACUAUCAUUGACUACGAGUACGCUAGUUAUAACCCGGUUGCAUACGACAUUGCAAAUCACUUCUGCGAAAUGGCAGCAAAUUACCAUUCUGAAACUCCCCAUAUAUUGGACUACACACUAUACCCAGGAGAAGAGGAACGAAGGAGAUUCAUCCAUAACUAUCUCAGCUCUUCAGGCGAGGAACCAAAGGAAGAAGACAUAAAACAGCUCUUGGAUGAUGUUGAGAAGUACACAUUAGCAAGCCAUCUCUUAUGGGGCUUAUGGGGAAUCAUCUCUGGAUAUGUAAACAAGAUCGAGUUCGAUUACGCCGAGUACUCAAGACAGAGAUUCAAACAAUACUGGCUUCGAAAACCCGAGCUCUCAAAUGUAUGUUUCAAACACCAAAUGAUGUAAUACAAAGUUGUAACCAAUUCUACUUGAUUCCAAAGUCUAAAAUGUUUCCAAGUUCCAACAAAUUAUCCAUACAACA